GCACUGUUAGUAAUGUGUCUCAGCCACUCCUACCACGACUGGGAAGAAAAAGAAAAAGACUAUUCAGCAUUUCCUCUUUUUGGACCCUCUCCACUAACCAAAUAAGGGUGGCCUCAGAGCUACAGGAGCAAUAAGCCUUCCUGUGAAACGGGAAAUGGAUAAAAAGAAACAUUUGAAAACGUAUUUUGGUCCUCCAAGAAGCAAGCAACCGGACUGCUCAGCUAGGUACAGGGAGCCCCGAAGGGUGCAUUUGUGUUGGAAGGUAAAGGAAGAGACUUUGGAAACACUGUCUGGGAUUACGGAAAGGAAACCCACUCUUGUCGCAAAGCCUUGCCAUUAGAAUCACAGAAUGAAGAGUGGUUUUGCAGAAAGAAGAGGACAAUACUGGGACUGUCUCUGACAUGGCCAUUUGUAAAUAAUAUCUUCUACCCACUUGUGGAAAGGCGGGAAGCUUUUAUUCGGAGCUAUGGAUUUCAUAAAGGGAAACAGUACAGUCCUCAUUCAAAGGAUGGGCAUGACUGCUAUAAAGCAAAUUGUGGAUGAUCUAUUCGAAUGGAGGGUUCUGAAUGGUGAAGAAGUCAAUGUCAUUUGCUGUGAGAAGGUGGAGCAGGAGGCGGCGCGUGGGAUCAUCCAUUUGGUUUUGAAGAAGGGCUCAGAGUCCUGUAAGCUUUUUCUUCAAUCCCUCGAGAAGUGGAACUAUGCUCUAUUUCAGGAUCUGAGUGGACAAAGUCUUUUUCAACAGAUUCCAGAAGGAGACUUAGAUGAUUUGGCUCAGGAUUUAAAGAUCUUAUACCAUACUCCAUCUUUUCUGAACUUCUAUCCUCUGGGGGAAGAUUUUGACAUAAUUUUUAAUUUGAAAAGCAUCUUCACAGAACCUGUCCUGUGGAGGAAGGACCAACACCACCGCCGUGUGGAGCAGCUGACCCUGAAUGGCCUGCUGGAGACCCUGCAGAACCCCUGCAUCAUUGAAGGGGAAUCCGGCAAAGGCAAGACCACCCUGCUGCAGAGAAUCGCCAUGCUCUGGGCCUCCGGGAAGUGCAGUACUCUGACCAAGUUCAGAUUUGUCUUCUUUCUCCGUCUGAGCAGAGCCCAGGGCGGACUCUUCGAAACCCUAUGUGAUCAGCUGCUGGAUGUACCCGACACGAUCAGGAAACGGACCUUCAUGGCCGUGUUGCUGAAGCUACGGCAGGGGGUUCUUUUUCUCCUGGAUGGCUACAAUGAAUUCAAGCCCCAGAACUGUCCAGAAAUUGACGCCCUGAUAAAGGAAAACCACCGUUUCAAGAACAUGGUCAUUGUCACCACCACCACUGAGUGUCUGAGGCAUAUAAGGCAGUUUGGUGCCCAGACUGUGGAGGUGGGGGAUAUGACAGAGCACAGUGCCCAGGUUCUCAUCCGAGAAGUGCUGAUCAAGGAGCUUGCCGAAGGCCUGCUGCUCCAAAUCCAGCACUCCAGGUCCUUGCGGAAUCUGAUGAAGACCCCUCUCUUUGUGAUCAUCACUUGUAUAAUCCAGAUGGGCGAGGAUGAGUUCCAUGCUCAGACACAAACCACACUCUUCCGUACCUUCUAUGAUCUGCUGAUACACAAAAAUAAGCACAAACACAGGGGCGGGACUGCAGCGGACUUCUCCCGGAGCCUAGACCACUGUGGAGACCUGGCUCUAGAGGGUGUGUUCUCCCACAGGUUUGACUUUGAGCUGGACGAUGUGUCCAGUGCAAACGAGGAUGCCCUGGUGACAACUGGACUCCUCUGUAAACACACAGCUCAAAGGUUCAAGCCCAAGUAUAAAUUCUUUCACAACUCCUUCCAGGAGUACGUAGCAGGACGCAGGCUCAGUGGUUUAUUGACGUCUCCUGAGCCAGAGGAGGUGGCCAAGGGGGAUGCGUACUUGCAGAAGAUGGUUUCCAUUUCAGACAUUACCUCCCUGUACAGCAACCUGCUGCUGUACACGUGCGGGUCAUCGGCUGCAGCCACCAGGGUUGUUCUGAGGCACCUCGCAGGGGUGCAUCAACAUGGCAGCCUGCUAGGGCUGUCCGUUACCAGGAGGCCUCUCUGCAGGCAGGGGUCUAUACAGAGCAUGAACAACACCACCGACCAAGAGAUUCUGAAAGCCAUCAACAUCAAUUCCUUUGCAGAGUGCGGUAUCAAUUUAUUCCAGGAGAGUGUAUCCAAAGCAACCCUGAGCCAAGAAUUUGAAACUUUCUUUCACGGUAAAAGUUUGUACAUCAACUCAGAGAAUAUCCCCGAUUACUUAUUUGACUUCUUCGAACAUUUGCCUAAUUGUGCAAGUGCUCUGAACCUCGUUAAACUGGACUUCUAUGGAGGGGCCUUGGCUUCACAGGACAAGGCUACUGCAGAGGAGGUCUCCGAAACCUACAUUCCCAGCAGGGCUGUGUCUUUGUUCUUCAACUGGAAGCAGGAGUUCCAGACUCUGGAGGUCAUACUCCGGGAUUUCAGCAAGUUGAAUAAGAAAGAUGUCAAAUACCUGGGAAAGAUCUUCAGCUCUGCCGCAAGCCUCCGACUGUAUAUUAAGAGGUGUGCCGGUGUGGCCGGAACCCUCAGCUCGGUGCUCAGCACCUGUAAGAACAUUUGCUCCCUUAUGGUGGAUGCCAGUCCUCUCACUGUAGAGGACGAGCAGCACAUCACCUCCGUGACCAACCUGACAACUCUGAGUAUUCAUCACCUCCAGACUCAGCGCCCGCCAGGUGGUCUGACUGAUGGCUUGGGUAACUUGAAGAACCUUAUGAAGCUGAUACUGAGUGACAUUGAGAUGAAUGAAGAAGAUGCUAUAAAAUUAGCUAACAGGCUGACAAAUCUGGAGAAACUGUGCUUAUUUCGUUUGACGCACUUGCCUGACAUUGGAGAAGGGAUGGAUCACAUAGUCAAGGCUCUGUCGGGUGCACCCCGCGACCUCCGAGAAAUACAGUUAGUGUCCUGCGGCCUGACUGCGAAUUCCGUGCGCAUGCUAGCUCAGAAUCUUCACAAUUUGGUCAAACUGAGCAUUCUUGAUUUAUCGGAGAAUUACCUGGAGAAGGACGGAAACGAGGCUCUACAGGAACUGAUUGGCAGGCUUGGCGUCCUGGAACACCUCACUGUGCUGAUGCUGCCUUGGUGCUUGGGUGUGCAAGGCAGCCUGACCAGCCUGUUGGAGCAGCUGGAGGGGGUCCCACAACUUGUCAAGCUUGGCUUGAAAAACUGGAGACUCACAGACGCAGAGAUUAGAAUUUUAGGUACAUUUUUUGAAAAGAACCCUCUGAAAAACUUCCAGCAGUUGGAUUUGGCAGAAAAUUAUGUGAGCAGUGAUGGAUGGCUUGGCUUCAUGGAUGUAUUUGCGAAUCUUAAGCAAUUAGUAUUUUUUGACUUCAGUACUAAAGGUCUUUUACCUGACCCCACAUUAGUCAGAAAACUUGGCCAUGUAUUAUCCGAAUUAACUUUUUUGCAAGAAGCUAGGCUUAUUGGAUGGCAAUUUGAUGAUGAUGAUAUCAGUGUUAUUAAAGGUGCUUUUAAGCUAGUAACUGCUUAAAUAAAAGAUACCCUUAGCUAAUGAGUA